CGCGGCGGGAAGGCGGCGAUCCGCGCGCGUUGCUCCGGGUAGCGGCGACCCGAAGGAGCUCCGUGCGAGCCGCGAAGCGCUGGGGAGCCAUCGCGAGAUUUUGGCGGUGCUGUAGCAGCCCCGACGCGCCGGGCCGAGCCGCGAUGCCGCCGUUGCCCAUCUGGCGCGCGGUGAGCGCGCGGCGCUGCUGGGGCUGCGCGGCUCGGACGGGUGGGAAACUUCUCUCCUCGUUCGCCGACUCGUCACGGCGCUGCCGCUGUUUUUCGAGGCGUUGUUUGGCCGGAGGUGCUGCGUGACACCCGCGGGCUGUGACGGGGUGGAAGCUGUAGCAGCGUUGCUUUCUGUCUCUGACGUUUAAUUUUUUGUGAGCCACGGUGUCUUUCUCAGCAGAGGCGCCUCGCAGCCGCCAGCUGCACGCUGUGGAUCGGCAGGUCGCUUCGUACUGCGGAGAUGCGCUGGCCUGCCGCGGUGAGGCCGCGCUGUGUGGCGGUGGGAGCCCGCGGGGACGCGGACAAACGUCUGCCAAAAAGCUUGGAGCUGCGGCCUUCGCUUUUCUGUUGUGGGAGGAAGCUCCAACACACAAAGCAAAGCUCCCGUUGAUGGUGUAAAAAUAACCUUGUUAUUGGUUUAGUGCUGGGAGUCACAACAACGGCCAGUGCAGAGCUCGUCUUACAGAUUUUGUUGUUGUGUGCUUUUAUCGUCUGAGCUGGGACGGCUGAAGCAGCGCCGGCAGCCCCGGCAGGCUGCUUUGUCCUUGCAGACUGACUUAGGCAGGUACGUGGGAACAGAGCUCGUGUCGGCGGGGUGAUGGAGGUGGUGGCUCAGCCGCUGUGCUAACGCUAAAUAUUUCACCACCGAGCAAAGAUUGCACGGCGCAGUGCGGUGGCAGCUGAUGCCCUUUUUUGGCGUCACUGUACUUGGGAGCAGACAGGGGGAAACCGGGUCCUUUCUUCCCCUCUGCACGGUGUGUCAUUCCCUUCUGUUACGGAAGGGUUUCCUCUCUGUCACUGGAAUGUUAUCUUUUGUUUUAAAACUUACCGUAUUAAAUGAUAUCUGCUUCAAAUACUAUCCGUAUUUCUUAACAAAAAAUUAUGAAUCUCCAGUUUAGUUGAGAUGUGCGUUUGGCUCCUUUGUUUUCUCCUCUAAAGCUGUUAAUGUGAGAUACUGAAUGUGAUGCAUUGUGCUCUAAUUAUCAUCUUCUGCCUUGGGUGUGAAAUGGCAGGGAACAAAGUCUCAGUUUAUGCUGUGUACUUGACAAGGGAGGUGUUGGAUGCACAUGUUCCAGCUGAAUGCCAUAGCAACUGUAAUGCGUUGUAGCGCAGCACACUACUUUGGUUAAGUAACAGUGCUUAUUGAGCAGCAGAGGUAGAGCUUAUGCAGAUUUGUACUGCGUGUCACUGAUCUUGCUUUGACUGCUAAUGCAGUGAAGAUGUGCAGAGCAUCUCCCUUCGGGGCGGGGGUGGCAGAGGGCAAGCCACCAGGGUGCAGGUGGAGACAGCUCUUGCUGUUGCAAAAACCAUUCAGAUUUGUACUUUUAACAAAGGACAGCUGGGCAAGCAUUAAGACUUUAGGCCAUCAGCUAAUGUGUAUGAGACAGAAGGUGCUGGUUAUUUCUAAAUGCCUUGUGCUGUAAGGCUUGUUAUAUGCAAAAUGGGUGACUUAAAUCUUAGAAUCCCUCCCUCCCUUAUUUUUCAAAGUGUUAUGUUUCCACAACAUUGAAUUAAGGAGUUUAUCUUAAAAAAAAAAAAAAAAAAAAAAUCUUGCUGGGAGUUAAGUGGUUAAUAAGUGGGUAUAUAAGUAUAUAGGAAUAUAAUAAGUGGUUGAUAAGUGAGCAUCCCUUUCCAAACUUUUGUUUUUCACUUUUCUUGCAUGUGGAACCAGGGAAUGAGCACCAUGCUCAUUCUACUGAAAUCCUCAGCACUUUGCAGGACUGUAGGACAUGAAAUAACAAAUACGGGGGUUGUUGGCCUGGGGUCAGCCAGUACUGGCUGCAGCUGGAAGCUGCAGAGCUCUCAGGUGCAGUGUGAUGGGUCUGGAAGCUGCCCCUUCCUCACCAGGUGCUGGUGGGCAGCCUGCCCUUAAAGCCACUGGCUGUACUGAGCCCUGAAUUUCCAGCAGGAGUUGUUCUCCAUCCAUGUGGUCAGUGCUAAUUUGGCAAGAUGAUUGUCUGAUAGUCUAAAACAAGUCGUUUUUGGAAGGAAAUGGUUAAUGGGAAUCUGAUGACAGGCUUCUGUUUUGUAUUGUUGCUUGGAACUCUUCUUGCCAUCACGCUUAUGUAAAUGUGAAGCGUUAUCACUGCUGCAAACUGUGCAUAUAAAUCAUAAGGUGAAUGGAAAGUGGAAAGAAGAUGGUUUUGAAGCUCACAUCAUGUGUUUCUUGACCUAAACUUUACACUGUUGCUAGAAGGAUGUACUUACUGUUUUCUUUCCAGUCUGUCUGAGUUAGGCAUGGGCGGUGCCUGCGUUCCCCGGUGAGGCCACACUGGUGAUAUGGGGCAGAGGCGGCCUUUCUUUGGUUCUGUUAAUUAUCCAUUGAUCUGGAGAGAAUUACGCUGUGUUGAUGGAGAGAGUGCAGAGUUCAGCGUCCUCCUUUAUAAGUGCUUUUAGGGAGCACAGGUUGCAUAUAGGUGUUGCUACCUGUUAACUAGUGUGUUCUGCUCUCUGAUAAGCAGGGAGCUAAUAGGCGUUGCCCUGAUACCUCCUCAUCAGUGCAUGGAUCAGAGCGGAGGUUUGGAGGUGUAAUGGGUGGAGAGUGUCAGUCCCCUCUCUCUGGCAGCAGCCUCCUGCAAUGGGAUGGUCUGUGCUGCAGGUGGGGGUUGGCAGCAGCAUCUCCUGUUCUGCCCUGUGGGUUUGGGGAGGGGAGGUGCCUUGUCUUGGCUGCCAAAAGCAAUGGCUUAGGGCUUGGAGAGUGCAGCUCAGGGACACUGCAUUCCGUAAAUAAAUACAGGUUUUCAUAACAUGGCAUGCCCCAGCCCACAGGCACAGAUACCUUGUGGGUUUUUUCCCGUUACGUAUGAAGGAAAUAAUGCUGUUGUGCUCACAUUAGCUGUGUGUGGUUGCAUCGCUGUCUCCUGUACUCCUGCAUGAGGAUCUGGGACCUAUUGCCGGGCCUCCAUCGUUUGGCACAUGGUGAAGAUCUUACCAGAUGAGAAAUUUCUGCAAGGUUCUUAAAAAUCUGUACUUUACCAUAGCAGAACAAUGCUCUGUGUUUAUCUGAGGGGGGAGGGUUUAGACAAGAGAUCACUCUGCUGCAGACAUGGGUGGGCCUGUUGGCAGCUGUGGCACAGAAGUAUGCCCAUAGGAUGGCAGGGCCCAGCUUCGGCACACUGCUCCUGGGGAGGGAUGGCUGCUGGGCAUCUGGGGCUGGGGUCCUUCUCUUGUGUUGUGGUAGUGUUCAGCUGUGAUCCAGAAAGGAAAUUAACUGAUCCCUUUGAUGUUUGAUAUUUUGAUGUCUUGUUGUGCAGCAGUUCAUGGAACAGAGUGGGUCGGGAGGCAUUGGUCACCCAGCCUCUGCUCACUGGAAGGCUCCUGCAUCCAUCCAGCAGCGCAGGUUGCCUGCUCAUAAUUUCCAGUAUCUGCAGAUGGAGGUUUCACCUUUUCUCUGGGCAGCUCCUCACACCUAAUCAGCUGCCAGGUGAAACUUCUGCAUUGAGAAACAUGAGAAUUUCCCUUGCUGCAGCUUGUCACUGUAACCUCUUGUCACUUUUUAACCUCUGAAAGAGCCCAGACCCUGCAGUGCAUCCCUGCUCUGUGGGGCAGGUGGGUCCCUGUGGCUGUGCCUGGUGGUGUGCGGGGUGAGGAGUGCUGUGAUGCAGCACGUGUCUGUGCCCGGGGUGGGAUUCUUCAAGUAACAUCCGCAAAAGCCCUGUUGACUGCUUUCAAUGGUACUGAAGUUUGGGUUUCCAGAUUGCUCAGGUGAAGCUUGUGGAGGCACAGCUGUCUUGGAGAAUUACUGUGCUGUAAUGCAGAAUGAAGUGAGCAGCAUAUGUGGAGUGGUGUGUAGUCUGUUCUGAGUGAUGGGUGGGCACUGUGUUGAGCUGUGUCUCUCUAGCUGCCUCACGCAGCAGCACCCAAAAUCCAACACAAGUUCUGCUGAGGGAAAAACCACUUCUCUUGGGGGUUAUUCUUUUGUAUUUUAAUGUAAUUUUCAUAAAAGAGUGGAGUGUUCGGAGGUGAUUAGAAUGCAAAUGAGAGUUUUUGUUACAUAGUAGAAAGUGUUCAUCUGUGUUGUGGGUAUGUUUUAACUACCAACAACUUGCAAUUAGGCUUACAGUCUAUGAUGUGUAAUUACUUCAUGCAGUUUUCCUUGCAAGUAGCAGCUGUCCCCAUACCUUCCUGUGUGCCCGGAGUGCCGCCCGCUGCAGCCCGGCUGGCUCAGUGCACACAGCAGCCUUCCGUCAGCAUCCUGGGGAAGGCAGAAGCUCCCAUGGUAGUGAAGGCGUUGUUGCCUGCAGAGCUCUGAAUGAAACAGACAAAAUAACUGAGGCUGAGGACUCACUGCUGGCACAAUGUUCUGAAAAGCAAGGGAUGGCCUUGCACACAGCCUGCUUCCUUUGUGCCGUUCCCGUUUCUGCAGGGUUAGGAAGGCCUUUGCCUCAAGUUGUGUGUGAGCAGUAUGGCUCAGCCAUUAUUACUAUCCCUGCAUUUCUUUCUUUCUUCAUCUUCUUAGAGUGAAAUACUGCCAACCGUCUUCUCUGAAGUUUUGCAUUGUGUUGGAGACACUGUUUUUCAGAAACGGGCUUGACAUCAUCCCCGAUCUUAUGUUUUUUCCUUUUUUCUAAAGCUGCUUUUAGGAGUAUUUGUGCUAUCUGCCAAAUUAGACCCUCACAAGACAGAAGGACGAGCCCAGCUGGGGAACUCAUUAAAGCCAUUGCUGCUCUCAGCUCUUGGGCCGCACUCUUCCUUCUCUGGUAGGGAAGGAAGCGUUUCCUGCAGUACCUGCCGUGCUUGGAGCACCGCUCCGUGGUGCCGUGCAGGUCACUGUGCGGCCCUGCAGCAGGCAGCUGCUGCUUUGUCCUUCCCACCCUGCUCGGGUCACAGCGUGCCUCCUGCCGUGCUGCUGCAGCGCUGUGCUCUGCAGCUGGUUUAGCUGAGACCUUGCUUAGAAAAGGUUGAGGUGGUGUGAGUGCCGGUGCUGAAGCAGGGAGGGAAUAGGAAGGUGCUGGUAGAGGACUUCUUUGCUCUCCCUGUUCCUCAGCUUGCUCGGCUUUGUGCUGCCCUGGAUGUGAGAUGAGGGAGGGGCAGCGGAGUGCAGCCCUGAGCUCACAGUGGCCGCGCCUGGCUGAGCAAUUCACAGGGAAACUGUCUGAAGUUUAUAAAGAAUAUGGAAACUUGGCAUAGUGGUGGGUGCUGUGGGUUUGUUUUGGAGGGAAGGGCUUUUCACAGCAAAGCUCACAAGAAAUGCGAGUGCUGUUGAUCAGCAUCUGAGAGCUUGCAUCUAACAUGGGGGUAAGCAUGAAGGCCGAAGGUGGACAAAGCUGUAAGAAGUAUGAGGCUAAUCCCCAUCCAUUUCCUGAAGACCAACUUAAGCAGAGGUAGGGUGGUGAGUAGGUACUUACAGUGACUUGAAGUGUGGUGGUACGCAGCUCAAGGUAUGGAAGGAGCCGCGUGGGAUGGCACUGUCAGCUUAGUGACAGUGGGUUUCCAGGGCCCUGGGAUCUGUCAGAACACUGUGGAGUUAAGUGACUCUUUAACAAAGCCAUACAGAACGCUGUGUGAAAGCACAACUGCCUUUUCCAGUGCUGCUGCUGGGGCUUAGUGCUGGAAGUGCUGCUCCUCGUGGCUCAGCUCCGCAGCCACUAACAGAACAGGGGUCAUUGCUCUGCCACCCGGCAUCGUGCAGUGACUCAGCUUCUGGCAGGAGGAACUUAUUUCAGACUCCAUUUUGCAUGACUAGAUACUUAUUUUCAAAACUAGGAGCAAUCUAAGGAAUUAAAACAUUAAAUUGUUACUACGUGCAUAGUAAGUAUUUUAGAAUUAUAGUGCUUUGAAAGCUCAGAUUUUACUUUGCAAAUUCUGAAAAAUAAAUGUCUGCCUUUUUGGCUUAAUAGAAUUAUUUGAAUAGAUGAAUGAAAACAAAUCUCUUACAGGAGGUGCCAAAGUGCCUUAAGAACUUGUGGUGUGAAGGGCAACAACCUGUGCUGGGUCGGAAACUGCCGAGGUGUAAAACCACUUAAGAGCAGUCAUUCACUUCUGUUCUGGGGUGGAAAGAGUUGGCAUUAUUGUGCCAGAAACCUUUAUAAUUAGGAUUGAUGGUGAGUGAUAGGUGAGAGAUGGCCCGGGGGGCUCAGGUGAAGGUCACCCAGUUCCAUUUUAGUGCAGUCAGUGGCAGAGGCUGGCAAAGCCAGGAUGGAGCAGCACAUCGCUCACAUGGCACCAGGCUUGAGCUGCUGAUGAGCAGCAUGUAAAUGGGGGUUUAAGAACAUGGAUAAAUUCCUGAGGGAUUUGUGUAGUCUGAUACUGCUUUGCAGAGGAGUUGUGAUAGAAGACUUAGUAACAGAAGUCUACCUGGUGGCACCAGGUCCAGUCAAAUGGAAUGCUGUUCAGAGAAAAUGAGUUCUCAAGUAUUGUGCUGUUAGGAACUUUGAGGCAGACCCAAAUUCACACUGCUGGGAAUUGAGUUGCAUGUGCCACUUAGCAAAUGUAACAUUCUCUUGCUGCUCAUUCUUCUGCUGUCGGUUUUGUAACAUGAGGUGUAAGGAAAUAGGCAGUGCUGAUGGCUGUGUGCUGCAGCUAUGUGUGGUCUUUGGCUUUUCUUGACAAAAAGAUGACGUAAGGUAAAUGUGAGCUCAUCUCGUACUGCAUGACUUGGGCAGGUCUCUGAGCACAGCUGACGGGGCGUUCAGCAGUCGCAUGUGUGGUGGCUGUGCUGAGAAGGGCCCAGUGUCUCUGCAGGGAGUGCCUGCAUUGUGCCACAGGUGAUUCGGGAUGCAGAGGUACGUGUUUGUCUUCUGUCCUCCUGUGUGGCACGAAGAAGCAGCCGUGUUCUUACAGCCUGUGAUCUCUGUGUAGUUUGAAAAGCAGCUGGAGAUUGGAGAGUGGGAUUUCUUCUUUUUAAUUUUUCACAAAUCUAAAAUAGAAGCAGCUCUCUGCUUUCAGCUGCUUCGGGAGUUGUGUUUUUGUAGGUUGAGGUCCAUUAAAAUGAGGGGAAUGUAAAUAUGCACAUUUCUUUUAAAAGUGGGUGCUGAUUCUCAAGGUUAGUACUAGUGCUUGAAUGAAUACUAUGCUUAUUUAUCUUAAGAAAUGUUAGGAAUAGGCGGAACAGGGUAUCAAAGACUUCUGUUACCCCUAAUUGUUCACGGCUGGGGGAUGAGAGUACGUCCAGUGUUAGAAAAUGGCACAGCUGAAUGUCACUGAAUCUGAAACUGCCUACUUUUGUCCCUUCCUCGAGUCUUUGUUCUUAGGAAAGUGUUCUGUAGCUGCUCCCAACCUGGUUGGCCAACUGCAUCACAGUACUGUUGUUUUGCAUACAGCAGUCUAAAAAAUAAGUUCAAGUUAUUUGCAUUGUAACAUGAUGGAUGUCAGCACGUUGUGGAAAUAUCUGCAGUCGAGCUAAAUGCAGGCUGAGCGAAGAGGCUGAAGGUCUUUCCAGAUCAGCUGCUCUGGGAGCCUUGCUUUCCUCUCCAGACUGCAGGCUGCAUUAUUCAGUAUUUCAGAGCGAUUAUCUCUGACUGUGCCCUUGGAAUCUUGUUUCCACAGCAACGCGAAGCUGCUGACAAAACAUCCCUUUUAAACUUCAGAUGGGUCAGUUCUGAGCUGUAAUCGUGGUGUCGGCCCGCAGCGCUUCGUGCCUCUGUGUGCUGCGAGUGGCUGCAGGGCAGCACCGGGCUGUGACCCCACAGUGCAGCCGCGGGGCGAGCAGAGGAGGCGGUUGUUUGUCAGCGUCUGUGUGAAGAAACAGCCCUCUGUGGGAUGUGGCUGUGGCCAGGAGCUGGCUCCUUUCUCCCAGCAGCUGCGGCGUGCUCUCACUUGUUCCAGCUCCGAAAUGAAACGUGUGAAGAAAAGAAAUGGGUGGCAGAGCGUGCGGCAGCCUCUGUGUUCUGCCUACGAUAAUGUCAACAAAGUUCGAGUUGCUAUAAAGAAAAUCAGUCCUUUUGAGCAUCAGACAUACUGCCAGAGAACUCUGAGAGAGAUAAAGAUCUUACUGCGCUUCAGGCAUGAGAAUAUUAUCGGAAUAAAUGAUAUUAUCAGAGCUCCAACCAUUGAACAAAUGAAAGACGUAUACAUUGUGCAAGACCUUAUGGAAACAGAUCUUUACAAGCUCUUAAAGACUCAACACCUCAGCAACGACCACAUUUGUUAUUUCCUUUACCAGAUUCUGAGAGGGUUGAAAUAUAUCCAUUCAGCCAAUGUGCUUCAUCGUGACCUCAAACCUUCGAAUUUGCUGCUCAAUACCACUUGUGAUCUCAAGAUUUGUGACUUUGGACUGGCUCGUGUUGCAGAUCCUGACCAUGAUCACACAGGAUUCCUGACAGAGUAUGUGGCCACACGUUGGUACAGGGCUCCUGAAAUCAUGCUGAAUUCUAAGGGUUACACCAAGUCUAUUGACAUCUGGUCAGUAGGCUGUAUUCUGGCAGAGAUGCUCUCCAACAGACCCAUCUUUCCAGGAAAACACUACCUUGACCAACUUAACCAUAUCCUUGGUAUACUUGGAUCCCCUUCCCAAGAAGAUUUGAAUUGUAUAAUAAAUUUAAAAGCCAGAAACUAUUUGCUUUCCCUACCACACAAAAAUAAGGUACCAUGGAACAGGCUGUUUCCGAAUGCUGACCCCAAAGCACUUGAUUUGUUGGAUAAAAUGUUGACCUUUAAUCCUCAUAAGCGAAUUGAAGUGGAACAAGCUUUAGCCCAUCCCUAUCUGGAACAGUAUUAUGAUCCAAGUGAUGAGCCUGUAGCUGAAGCACCCUUCAAGUUUGAUAUGGAAUUGGAUGACUUGCCGAAGGAAAAGCUGAAAGAACUGAUUUUUGAGGAAACUGCUAGAUUCCAGCCAGGAUAUCGAUCUUAAAUUGUGCAUAGGACAAGGACUUAAAGGACUGGGCAUGCUCAAACGUUGCUGUUCCUCUUCCCAGUUCUUUACUGUUGGUCAUGUCUUGUGGCCUCUCUCAGCUUAUCCACUAACUCCUUUGAGCCAUUCAGGAGGGCAGUUCCUGGUAGUUUUGGCUUUUCAUGCUUUCAAUGAAUCUUUUAAGCCUGAAGAAUUGUAAUUGACACUCCUAUGCGUAAUGCCCGUUGUUGACCUGUUGCAGUACUGUACUGUAAGUGCACCUACUGCUGGCCGUGUUUUAACUGCUUGCUUUCUGGUUUGAGAGAUGCAGUGGUUCCUUUCACUCCUGGAUUAAUAUCCAAGAAGAUAAUUCAUUAACUGAUGCGAAGUUUACACCAUGAACUAUGUUUUUCUGACUUUACUGAAGUCGCUGGCAUUUUUUUUAGAAAAGCUACUAUUCAGGGCACUUUAAGUCAGUGACAUCCCAGAUUUUUUUUGCACUUCCUUUUUAAAUAGAAAUGGUUAGCAUCCAGUGAGUGGGGUUUUACCAUUAUGCUCUGGAUUACAGCAUAAAUCGUGUUCGUGUUAAUCUUGCUUAUGCACUUGUUUGGGUGUCCUGUGCUGUACAUACAGGUAUUCUAUACAGUGUAAUAGCCACAUAGGAACCCAUCUUAAUUGAAUUCAUCUAAGAAACGUUUUACCAUGCAUUGACAAAAUUUGUACCUUUUUUUUCCCUGCCUUUUUCAAAAGAGAUCAUUUUAAGUUUAACCAUGCUGGGAGGGGUAGUACUUCCAAAGUUCAUACCUUGUGGUCGUGUUUAUAAGGCUUGUGCAAGGAGAAUGAGUGGCAGCUUGCUGUCUUACUUAUUCCCUGUGUGAUGGGAGAUUAACAAAGAACAUAAUGGCACGAUGACCUAAUGGUGAAUGCUUUUCUUUGUGGAAGGCAUCCGAAUGUGGUAAGUGAGAAACCCAGAUAUGAUGUUAGUAAACUCAGCCUGCAAACUUCAUACCAAUGAAAUGUUUCAAGUGAGAAUUGGUUUUACAUUUGAAUCUAAUCACUGACAUUCAGAAUUCUCGCAGAGAGGAACACUGCAUCUUUAAAUGAGAAAGUUUGAAUUUCCUUUUGCUCCUACAGCAUGUCAGCAUCUCAAGUUCAUUUCUUGCAACCUACACUAUGGUGAUUUGUAAUCAAGCCUCCAUGAGCUCGUGACAUAAAGUACUGUUCUGUUGUCAAGUACUAUCAAACUUUUCUGAUAAUGCUGAGUUAGGACAACCAAACAAAGCUAGCACUAAAUAAUGUUUAAAAUUGUAUACCUUUUAAUGAUCUUUUCAAGUAUUUGUUACUGAAAUUGUAUAAUGUGGAGUUUACUAGGUGUUAUGUUCCAGUGCAGUGCCUCCUUUUCUUUCCCCACUGCUCUCUGUGGUGAGAAAUUUGCCUUGUUUAAAAUGAUUACUGUGCCCUCGCAUGACUGUUAAAGCUUUCUGUGCAAAGAUGAUUGUUUAAGUGCCACAUGCCUAUGAUUGAGAGAAAAAAAUCUAUUGUUACCUCUGAGUUGUGUUCAACUGAAAUGCUAUUCAACAAAUAACUUAGGAAAAAUAGUUCUAUUUUUAGCUUUUCAUAUCUCUGCUGUCUUCUCAAUUUAUUUUGGCAGCAGUGAAGAAUGGAUUGUAUAGACUGCUUGCUAAUAUGAACAAAAUGCACUUGUAAUUCCUGGAAAUAAAUUUAAAUCUUAUAUCUUCACAUUAACAUAAAGAAUUAGUUUUUGGUUUCCUCUUGGGUAACGUGUUUGAAUGGAAAUCAGAUUCAGUUGCUACUGCAGUAUUACAAGGAUGCUUGCUGGUUAGCGAAUCCAGGCUUCCUCAUUCCACUUAGUCUGCUUUUCAAAAAAAAAAGAAAGCCAUUAACUUAGAUUUCAAUAGGCAAGGGUGCUUACAAGAUUCCACUUCAGAUUUUUUCUUCAAGUUUGAGUCUUAGUCGACCAAAACUAAUUUUUAAUAAGCAGUGGUUCAUUUUAAGGGGCAUUUUCAGUUAGGAAGUUCUUGUGGUACAUACAUCUCUACUGUGUGGAACAAAAGGAGCAUAGUCAGGACACUGCACAAGUGAUCGUGGAAUCGUGAUAUGGAGCCUGUGCUGCAAAAAGUUUCUAUAGAAAUUAUGCACUUGACUGUUGAAACUUGUGUGGAAAUUUUUUCUGAUGUUUCUACACAUCUUUACCAAAAUGCUUUCCUCACGCAGUUCUGAGAAGCUGAAAUAUUUCUAGAAUCUCUGCUACUUGUACCAUCGUCAUCAUUACAGGAAUCAUGGUUGGAAAGAUGACUGUUACUGAAAUUGGUUUGUAACACCUCAAUCCGAAUUUAUUAAGGAAGAAUUUUGGCAGCUUAUUUCAUCCUUUUCCCAAUUCUUUUUUUAAUACUUUAAUUUUGGGUUUCUGGAGAGGUGUAAACGUACCCUUGCAAUCUGUCUCUCAGAACGACAAGCCAAGGGUUUGCUUUACCUAACAUGUGGUGCUUUCAGGCUUUCUUCCUUAGCUGUCCUCACUGAACCAAAUUGGAGUCCAUCGGUACCAAUAACUGCAUCCACCAGUCUUCUGCUGAACGCAGUAAACGUUGUUAAGCUGAGUGUUACGUUGUCAAGUGCAGAAGCAUGACUUUUUCUUUUGUCGGAUAUUGAAAAUGUUUAAAAGAAGGUGCCUGUAACACUGUUAGGUCGGCUAUUGCUCCAUUUUACGUUUUUUUUUCCCCCUCUUUUACCUAGUUUUUGUAUAUGUAGAGCAGAGACCUGAAACUUGGUUUUGAAGUAAUAUAUAUUUAAUGGUAAAGAUGUUUGGGAAAUAAGGAGUGUAAACAGUUGACUGUCUAAACAUUGCAACUGUACUGCGGAAGAAAAAUAGGCGAACUUAAACUUCUCUUGAAUGCUUUGGCAAAGGAAGCAUCUUCUGCUAUCCUGACUUCCCCAGAAUCUUCCUCACCACUAUCACACGUACGAGUCUGAGGCGUACAGCGCCCUGCCUGGCUGAGCAGCGUGCUGCGCUGUGACAUUUCAGCAGUAGCAGAUGGUGACGUGACUCAGCAGUGGCCAAGUGCAACCCAAGGAGUUGAGCAUGGCUUUCUUUACAGAAUGGGGAAAAAGAAAAACUUGUUGCUGCCCAUUGUAAUACGCUAUGAUAUAUUUAUACCAUGUCAAAGUUGUUUGCUGAGCAACUGUACUAUAGAUUUAAACUUUAUUAAUAUAUAUUUGCUUAUGUUAGUGUAGUUUCUAUAGCCCUUGGUUACUGAUGAAUUUGUGUUGUUACAGCACUGUGAUAUGGUAUAAAUAUAGGCCUAUACACACAACAUACUCAUGAAUUUGGUCCCUUGCACAGUACUUUUAUAUUUGUACAGCGAUGUCUUCAAGCAAUCCCAGAUUUUAGGGGAAGUAUUUUUGUAAAUGCAGUGGUUUAAACAAAAAAUCCAAACAGUCCUUUUACUAAGUUUAAAAUGAGUUUGUGGUUCAAAAUGGUUUCGUUAAUGACUGAAAUCAAGACACUAAAUUAGUGAAAAGUGCACAUUAGUAAAGUGAAGCAUACCAUGGUUUUCUGUAGCAUGUGCUGUGAUCAAGCUAGGGGAAGCAUUGGAUGAAAUGCAAAAGUUGGACUACCUUUGUAAAUCUAGAACAAACGUCUGAAGGUUGCAGCUGGAUUACUUACUAUUGUUGCCUUUUCUUGUGUUGUAUCAGUGUAGAGCACUCUUAAAUACUCAAACUGCUUUGUCUUUGCUUUGUACUGUUGGUGCCUUCUUAGUCACGUACCCCACAUGUCCUGCAUAGCUAAUUUAGUUAAUGGUAAGUUUAAAAUAAAAUAAAGGAAGAUUUUAUAUAUUAAAAAAAAAAAACACCUUUAAAACUUCAUUUUCUGUAUGUUCUUAUUCAUUGUAACAAUUAAACAUUUAUAUUGUGACAGAUUUGUGAUUUGGUUAAUCUGUAUAGAUCAGUUGUAAGUAGCAAAGGUUUAUAUUUGUCUUAUUCUUUUAAUGUUGUAAACGUAUGUGAUUUUCUUCUUUAAAUCAGGUAACUUAAUGUUCUGUUUCGUUUUUGGCAUCUGAAUCUUGUAAAAACAAAUGCAAAGAAAAUCAUUAAAUUGUGUCCCUGUAUUACCAAA